AUGGCGUCGGGGGAGUCACUAGCCAAUGGCAACACGGCACCCCACGAGCCUGUAAAUAUACAACAGGUGGGCGUGGAGGUCACUGGGCGUGGAGGUCACUGGGCGUGGAGGGUGGGCGUGGAGGUCACUGGGCGUGGAGGUCACUGGGCGUGGAGGGUGGGCGUGGAGGUCACUGGGCGUGGAGGGUGUGGAGGUCACUGGGCGUGGAGGGUGGGCGUGGAGGUCACUGGGCGUGGAGGGUGGGCGUGGAGGUCACUGGGCGUGGAGGUUACUGGGCGUGGAGGGUGGACGUGGAGGUCACUGGGCGUGGAGGGAGGGCGUGGAGGUCACUGGGCGUUGAGGGUGGGCGUGGAGGUCACUGGGCGUGGAGGGAGGGCGUGGAGGUCACUGGGCGUGGAGGGAGGGCGUGGAGGUCACUGGGCGUGGAGGGAGGGCGUGGAGGUUACUGGGCGUGGAGGGUGGGCGUGGAGGUCACUGGGCGUGGAGGUUACUGGGCGUGGAGGUCACUGGGCGUGGAGGGAGGGCGUGGAGGUCACUGGGCGUGGAGGGUGGGCGUGGAGGUCACUGGGCGUGGAGGUCACUGGGCGUGGAGGUCACUGGGUGUGGAGGUCACUGGGCGUGGAGGGAGGGCGUGGAGGUCACUGGGCGUGGAGGGAGGGCGUGGAGGUCACUGGGCGUGGAGGGAGGGCGUGGAGGUCACUGGGCGUGGAGGUCACUGGGCGUGGAGGUCACUGGGUGUGGAGGUCACUGGGCGUGGAGAUCACUGUGCGUGGAGGGAGGGCGUGGAGGUCACUGGGUGUGGAGGUCACUGGGCGUGGAGGGAGGGCGUGGAGGUCACUGGGCGUGGAGGGAGGGCGUGGAGGUCACUGGGCGUGGAGGGAGGGCGUGGAGGUCACUGGGCGUGGAGGUCACUGGGCGUGGAGGGAGGGCGUGGAGGUCACUGGGCGUGGAGGGAGGGCGUGGAGGUCACUGGGCGUGGAGGUCACUGGGUGUGGAGGUCACUGGGCGUGGAGGUCACUGGGUGUGGAGGUCACUGGGCGUGGAGGUCACUGGGCGUGGAGGUCACUGGGCGUGGAGGUCACUGGGCGUGGAGGGAGGGCGUGGAGGUCACUGGGCGUGGAGGUCACUGGGCGUGGAGGUCACUGGGUGUGGAGGCUACUGGGCGUGGAGGUCACUGGGCGUGGAGGGUGGGCGUGGAGAUCACUGGGCGUGGAGGGUGGGCGUGGAGGUCACUGGGCGUGGAGGUCACUGGGCGUGGAGGGAGGGCGUGGAGGUCACUGGACGUGGAGGGAGGGCGUGGAGGUCACUGGGUGUGGAGGUCACUGGGUGUGGAGGUCACUGGGCGUGGAGGUCACUGGGCGUGGAGGUCACUGGGCGUGGAGGUCACUGGGCGUGGAGGGAGGGCGUGGAGGUCACUGGGCGUGGAGGUCACUGGGCGUGGAGGGAGGGCGUGGAGGUCACUGGGCGUGGAGGUCACUGGGCGUGGAGGUCACUGGGUGUGGAGGGAGGGCGUGGAGGUCACUGGGCGUGGAGGGAGGGCGUGGAGGUCACUGGGUGUGGAGGUCACUGGGCGUGGAGGGAGGGCGUGAAGGUCACUGGGCGUGGAGGUCACUGGGUGUGGAGGUCACUGGGCGUGGAGGGAGGGCGUGGAGGUCACUGGGCGUGGAGGGUGGGCGUGGAGAUCACUGGGCGUGGAGGGUGGGCGUGGAGGUCACUGGGCGUGGAGGUCACUGGGCGUGGAGGGAGGGCGUGGAGGUCACUGGGUGUGGAGGUCACUGGGCGUGGAGGGAGGGCGUGGAGGUCACUGGGCGUGGAGGGAGGGCGUGGAGGUCACUGGGCGUGGAGGUCACUGGGCGUGGAGGGAGGGCGUGGAGGUCACUGGGCGUGGAGGUCACUGGGUGUGGAGGGAGGGCGUGGAGGUCACUGGGCGUGGAGGUCACGGCGUGGAGGUCACUGGGUGUGGAGGUCACUGGGCGUGGAGGGAGGGCGUGGAGGUCACUGGGCGUGGAGGUCACUGGGCGUGGAGGGAGGGCGUGGAGGUCACUGGGCGUGGAGGUCACUGGGCGUGGAGGGAGGGCGUGGAGGUCACUGGGCGUGGAUGUCACUGGGCGUGGAGGGAGGCCGUGGAGGUCAAUGGGCGUGGAGGUCACUGGGCGUGGAGGUCACUGGGCGUGGAGGGAGGCCGUGGAGGUCAAUGGGCGUGGAGGUCACUGGGCGUGGAGGUCACUGGGCGUGGAGGGAGGGCGUGGAGGUCACUGGGCGUGGAGGGUGGGCGUGGAGGUCACUGGGCGUGGAGGGUGGGUGUGGAGGUCACUGGGCGUGGAGGUCACUGGGCGUGGAGGUCACUGGGCGUGGAGGUCACUGGGCGUGGAGGGAGGGCGUGGAGGUCACUGGGCGUGGAGGGAGGGCGUGGAGGUCACUGGGCGUGGAGGGUGGGCGUGGAGGCCACUGGGCGUGGAGGGAGGGCGUGGAGGUCACUGGGCGUGGAGGUCACUGUGCGUGGAGGGAGGGCGUGGAGGUCACUGGGCGUGGAGGUCACUGGCGUGGAGGGUGGGCGUGGAGGUCACUGGGCGUGGAGGUCACUGGGCGUGGAGGGAGGGCGUGGAGGGUGGGCGUGGAGGUCACUGGGUGUGGAGGUCACUGGGCGUGGAGGUCACUGGGUGUGGAGGUCACUGGGUGUGGAGGUCACUGGGCGUGGAGGGUUGGCGUGGAGGUCACUGGGUGUGGAGGUCACUGGGUGUGGAGGUCACUGGGCGUGGAGGGAGGGCGUGGAGGUCACUGGGCGUGGAGGGUGGGCGUGGAGGUCACUGGGUGUGGAGGUCACUGGGUGUGGAGGUCACUGGGCGUGGAGGUCACUGGACGUGGAGGUCACUGGGCGUGGAGGGAGGGCGUGGAGGGAGGGCGUCACGGUGGAGCCAUCCUUCACCUCUCACUAAUGUUCCCAGGGAUGCCAUCUCUCUCGAUAUCUGA